AUGGCUGAAAAAAGAAGCACGCCUCCUGCGUUCAGCUCCACAGACGAAGCAACCCCAAGUACAAGCCGUGACAACACCCAGGGUGCUUCAUCUACUUUGGGUGCCUACAGAACGGUUUCUGAUGGCCCUUGCCCUUACCAGUGGAACACGCAGCGCGGGCCAAUACGCGACGGGACUUACAGCGUCGAUGGUGCCACUGACAAUGGAAGCACUGGUUCCCUGCUUCAAGGGAAUAGCACCAGUGCCGAUAACGCAAGGCCCAGCACGAGCCGUGCUGGCAUGGCGGAAGCACCAGCCCUCUUAGAAGACGGCACCAGGAGUGCUAAUGGAACUGGAGAAAUGGAACGGCAAGAUGUCUGCGGUGUCUAUGGGAAGGUUUCAAGCAAACGGGAUGCCUUGCAGGGGCACGCCACCGGACACACGGGCAAUGAAGCCCACACUUGCAGACCAUUGCGACCCAUCCGCUGUGGCAAAGCAAAAGUUCGUAAAACGUUGCCGGAAGCGUAG